GUGAGCUCUUUUUUUUUCUUCUUCCUUUUCGUCCUUCUUCUGUCCCUCGUCUUCAUAUUUUCGAUCUUUUAUAGAAUUGCAGUGGUAACAUGUCGUCCGAAGAGCAUCCAGUCGAAGAACAGCAUCUAGAAAACUGGGCGGAAACCGCGACACUCAGAGCCCACGAUGCAGGCGAUAAACUAAACCACAAACUGCAAACGUUUUCAGACGACACUAGCCACACCUAUUAUUCUGUAAAGAAUCAAAUGAUGCGCUUGUGGGAUUUGUUUCAACGCAUCUGGCAACAGUACUCAAGUUUCCGCAUUGGUGGCUACCUCUUUGUCGCUCUCAUUAGUGUUCCCCUGUUGGUUUUCCUUACAUUUGCCGGUGGGUCCUUGGUGACAUUGACGAUGAUUGCGGGUACGUUUGCCACCACGAUUCAACUGGGGGUCCUUGCCAUGUGCGGCGCGGUUCUACUGCCGGUUGUUGGUGCGGCUCUGUUGGCCAGUUUCUUGGCAUCGUCAUCCUACUUUGGGGCCACCACUAUGGUUCGACUUAGUACUCCCAUCGGCUACAAGGUGGUCCAAUUUGUGCCCGGUCUGAGACGUCGAGCUUCUCAGGACAUGAAUGCUAUCCGUACAGGAGUACAAAAGGCCGAAGACCAGAAGCAUCCAGAUGGUGCCAUGAACGGUCACGACUGAUUUCGUGCUUAUCCCUGUUCAGAUUAAACAUUUCCUAAAAAAAUAAAAAUCAAUUGGAACAAAAGCACAUUGCGACGUGCUUGUAUCAAC